GGACCAAAUGUGAACCAUUUUAUUAAUUUGAGUGACCAAUAUUGAAAUUAAAUAUUUCUAGUAACUAAACAUGACACUGCAAUGGUUCGUAACAAUUAUUAAUCUACCGUGAUUGAAUUGAGGAUUCUCCGAGCAACAAAAAAAAAAGGGAGGGAAUUCUCUCCCCUCUCUCCUAUCGUGCGUUCACCGUACCAAGGAAAGGGGAAUCCGCCUUCGUGUGCAGCGGCCAUUCCAGGCCAUUGGCCGACAUGCAUCGCCGGGACUGGGUUCAGUUGGCGAGGAUGGCCUUUAAAUCACCCGGAUCUACUAGAUGAGGGUUGCUCUGACAUCAAUUUCAUCCUCUUCUCUGUUUUGGGAAACAAUUAUUGUGGCUGAUCAUAGCAUUCCGAUGGCAGUUGCCGUGCAAUUUAAUGACGAAGACAUCGCUGCUGGCGUAAUUCGGGAGGAGCGCUCACUGAUUGGCCGUCUGGUUGGGCUGCCGCCGGCGUUGCACACGGUCAAGACAACUCUGACUCGGGUUUGGUGGCCGGACGAGGGCUUUAUGAUCUCGAAUGUGGAUGUUGGGCUGGCCCGUAUUCUCUUUUCCUCGACGGCUGACAUGCAGAAGGUGGAAAAGGGCUCACCAUGGAUUUUCCCCAAGUUCAUGCUGGUGGUGCGCUCGUGGGCCUCUCCGUCUUCGGCGAUGGCGGCUUCGCUACUCUGGCACCGCUCGAGGUUCAGAUUUGGGGUGUUCCUUUUGAGUGCUUCACAACCAAACUUUCCCAUCGCCUUGGGUCUGCUCUAGGUGAGACCACUACACCGACCCUACACCGUUCGGAUAUUUCAGGAGGGCUGUACUUUAGGGAUGAACCGGUGUUCGAUCUGACCGCAGAGCUUUCUGAUGAGAUUGCCGUUGAUCAUGUUGUUCCAUCGAAAGGGCAUAUUGGCGCAAACUGUCCUCGCAAGGCUGAACUAGAAGGAGUCCCGCCUCGCUAUGGGACGUUCACUAUCUCAAAGGAAACGGGACCGCCGAUUAUGGAGAAAAUGAUGGCUCGGAGAAAGAAUAAGUUUAACUGGCUGCGGGCGGUGUCGCAAAGACCCUCCUCUUCGCACCCUAGUGGAUUCAAGUUGACGCGUCCUCCAGCAAGUGGCAUGGGGAGGACUAGGGCGGUGGGUGCUCAUGGAGACUCUGUCUGGGAGGAUACGCGUCGGCCAACGCAUGGCCGCAUGGGGGGAAAGGAUGCAGCUACUCGCUCUAACUGCAUGACCAACUCUUGCUACUGAAUCUCAGCCACGGGAGUUGUUGAAGAAUCCUAUGCUGGAGGCGCACAUGAUCGAUGCAUAUGGUGGUCAGUCGACCUCCCCAAUAGCAAAACACAUCAAGCGGGACAGCAACAUAAUAGACACUACUUCAAGGGUGGAGGAAACCAGCCCCGACUAGUCCCACGUGAAUCCAUGAGUGUUCUAGCGUGAAAUUGUAUAGGUAUCGGCUCCUCCUUGACAAUUCCGACUCUAGGUGGAGUCACGGGUCCGUUUAGACCCCAUGUUGUCUUCCUCACCGAAACUAGACGUGAUGAGGAGUUUGUGCGAGUGAAGUUUGCAAGCUUGGGUUUUCAUAAUUGUAGGUGUCAUGAUUCUGUUAGAGGGAGAGGGUCUUCAGCUGUUGCUUGAUCAUCUAGCACGACCUGUACAGUUCACUUCCUUUCUAAUUUCCUUUGUGUCCUUAAAUGUAAAGUUGUAGGUGUAGGGUCCUUUGUUCUUAUGUUUGUGCAUUUGUCUUGCGAUACUCUCACUAGGCAGGGGCAACUUAAUGAAAUUUCUCUCUUAG